AUGGACAUGUCCCAUGUCCUCGUCAUCGCUCCGCUCGUCGUCUUUGCUCUUUUCUUCCUCACCGUCCUCCUCCUACGCUCCUUUUUCAUUAUGAGGUGAGUGAUUCGACAUUUGUACAUGGUUAGUUUAGCAGAAAUGAAGUGGGAAGACAGAUUGCUGAAAUCAGAACCAAAUAGUAGUGUAAAUAGGUAUGACGAUGGCUGAUAUUUGUGAAAACACCAAAACACGAGACGUUCUUCUAAAAUUUGUGUUUUAGUUAUACUAAACAUUUUAAAAUACCGUAUUAAAAGGGUACCCUGAAAUUUCAUGCAACACCGAAGGAAUUCGGGACCACCCCCGUCCCGAACUUUUUGGAUAAGACGAUUCUUUUCUUGGAAUGAGUGGAAUUGCUUGAAAACUAACGCUUGCUUGGGAACGGCUUCUUAUAGAGAACUGUGAAAAUCUCUUGUAUUUCAGCAAAGAAGAACAACGCCGAGAUCGAUUACGGAGGGGCUGUCCGGCUGGAGGCAACAGCAGGGAGACGGCCCUUGAGAUCUCGUGCCACAAUCACUGCAAUGCUCACUCGCAGAACACUUCGAAUCCGAGCCCGCCGAGCUACUACGCCGAAGUGAUGGCCACGAGCUCGUCGGCGCUCUAUCCCGUCUACGUGCCUCCGUACGCCGCUCCACUCAUGUCUCUCCGUGAUCCACGACAGUUUAAUGUAAGUCUCUGAACUACAAAUAACAGCAUUUGAGAUCAUCCACUUCAGGGACUUCCCGGAUUGGCGGCCCCGCCCCCUUAUCCUCCGCCGCCUAGCUACAAUCAAAUUAGCAGUUUUCCCGAACUGCCAAGUGGUAAGAGACUUUAGGCGUCUCGAAAAUUCGAAAUUAACCCCGAUUUCAGCGCCCCAUGCAAUUGUCGAUGUUGCUCAACAGCCGAGAAUAACGAAAAAGCGGUUGGAAGUGAUGACGCCGGUGGAGGGCUGA